AUGACUAACAGUGAUAACAAUACCAAGUCACCAGAAUCCCAAGAAAAUGGGACUACCAGUACGAAAGAAAGUAAUACUGAAGAAAAAAAGGAGGCUUGGGGAUUCGAUUUGUAUCCUGAAAGGCGAAGUACUUUCAAGCCUACCGUUUCAAAUAUUUUAUUAGGUAGGGAAGGCAAAGAAGGAAUAGAAAAAAUAAAAUGUGAAAAGAAUGUAUAUGAAUGCGUAAAGAACAGUCCAAUUGUGAAAACUAUGAUGGCUGCCCUAAAGAGCUCUGGUUGCCCUAUUGAUAUAAGGCGUCAUAUUUCAUGUGAAGUAUGUGAUUAUUCAGUGAGUGGAGGCUAUGAUCCCGAAAUGAACCAGAUAGUUGUCUGCCAGAACGUCUGCACCAAGAAGUCAAUGGUCCAAGGAGUGCUUGCUCAUGAAAUGAUUCAUAUGUUUGAUUACUGUCGCAAUGAACUUAACUUUAAGAACAUGGAACAUUUGGCCUGCACCGAGAUAAGAGCAGCUAACCUGACGCACUGCUCGUUCAUGAGUGCCUGGUCUCAAGGAGACGCUUCGUGGACGAAAAUUAAACAAGCACAUCAGGAUUGUGUGAAAACCAAAGCGCUAUACUCAGUUCUGGCGGUACGUCAAAUAGGAAAGGCCGAGGCAGUUGACAUUAUAGAAAAGGUAUUCCCAAAGUGCUAUGCCGACAUGGAACCCAUCGGUAGGCGGAUGAGGCGCAACUCCGAGGACAUGUUCCGAGCGUAUAGAGACGCGUCUUAUUACGGCUAUGAAUAA